CAGCGGCCCCGGCCCGUGGCCCCACCAUGCCCCAGCUCGGUGGUGGCCGCGGUGGCGGCGCCGGCGGGGGAGGCGGUGGCUCCGGAGCCGGGGCAACCAGCGGAGGGGACGACCUCGGAGCGAACGACGAGCUGAUCCCCUUCCAGGACGAGGGGGGCGAAGAGCAAGAGCCGAGCAGCGACAGCGCUUCGGCGCAGAGGGACCUGGAUGAGGUCAAGUCGUCCCUGGUAAACGAAUCGGAGAAUCAGAGCAGCAGCUCGGACUCAGAGGCGGAGAGGCGCCCGCAGCCCGCCCGGGACGCUUUCCAGAAGCCGCGCGACUAUUUCGCUGAAGUGAGGAGGCCCCAGGACGGAGCUUUCUUUAAGGGACCUGCGUACCCUGGGUACCCCUUCCUGAUGAUUCCAGACCUGAGCAGCCCGUACCUCUCCAACGGACCCCUGUCUCCUGGUGGAGCGCGCACCUACCUGCAGAUGAAAUGGCCCCUCCUCGAUGUCCCCUCCAGUGCCACAGUCAAGGACACAAGAUCACCAUCUCCAGCGCACUUGUAUGGGGAUCCUGCCCGUUGGAUGGUGCCUCCCACAUUCAGGUCCAACAAAGUUCCUGUUGUCCAGCACCCUCAUCACAUGCACCCGCUGACACCUCUCAUCACCUACAGCAACGACCACUUCUCCCCUGCUUCCCCUCCCACGCAUCUCUCCCCAGAGAUUGAUCCAAAGACAGGAAUCCCUCGGCCCCCUCACCCAUCUGAACUGUCACCGUAUUACCCACUGUCUCCAGGAGCUGUUGGACAAAUCCCCCACCCCCUCGGCUGGCUCGUCCCACAGCAAGGACAGCCCAUGUACUCACUCCCUCCCGGUGGCUUCCGGCACCCCUACCCUGCCCUCGCCAUGAAUGCCUCAAUGUCCAGCUUGGUCUCAAGUCGCUUCUCCCCACACAUGGUGGCUCCUGCCCAUCCUGGCCUGCCCACCUCAGGGAUCCCCCACCCUGCUAUCGUCUCCCCCAUCGUGAAGCAAGAGCCAGCGCCCCCCAGCCUGAGCCCAGCAGUGAGUGCGAAAUCCCCAGUUACCGUGAAAAAAGAGGAGGAGAAGAAGCCUCACGUGAAAAAGCCUCUGAAUGCCUUCAUGUUGUAUAUGAAGGAGAUGAGGGCCAAGGUGGUGGCUGAGUGCACCCUGAAGGAAAGUGCGGCCAUUAACCAAAUCCUGGGAAGAAAGUGGCACAACCUAUCAAGAGAAGAACAGGCCAAAUACUAUGAGCUAGCCCGGAAAGAACGGCAGCUUCACGCACAGCUCUACCCAACCUGGUCAGCCCGGGACAACUAUGGGAAGAAGAAGAAGAGGAAGAGAGAAAAGCAGCUGUCACAGACACAGUCACAGCAGCAAAUCCAAGAGGCAGAGGGUGCUCUCGCCUCCAAGAGCAAGAAGCCAUGUAUCCAGUACCUGCCCCCUGAGAAGUCUUGCGAUAGCCCUGCGUCUUCCCACGGCAGCACGCUGGACUCCCCCGCCACUCCCUCCGCCGCCUUGGCAUCACCAGCUGCCCCUGCGGCCACCCACUCCGAGCAAGCCCAGCCCCUGUCCCUCACCACCAAACCGGAGACCCGGGCCCAGCUGGCUCUCCACUCAGCGGCCUUCCUGUCAGCUAAGGCCACAGCCAGCAACUCCAGCCAGAUGGGCAGCCAGCCCCCAGUCCUAUCCAGGCCCUUGCCCCUUGGCUCCGUGCCCGCCGCUCUGCUGACCUCUCCCCCUUCCUUUCCCGCCACGCUCCAUGCCCAUCAAGCCCUCCCCGUGCUACAGGCUCAGCCUCUUUCCUUGGUCACCAAGUCUGCCCACUAAGCUGCCCCCGUUCUAUGCAGGCUGUCUCGGGACUCCAAGUAGUAAUGAUUCAGAAGAGAGGAAGGGGGGG